AUGUCAUUUUUUCAAACUUUAGUCCUUCAGAAUAUAUUUCCACCAAGGCAUAAUGAUCCAAAUGAUAUAAUAAAUAUGCUCCAUAUAUAUUUUAACACCCAGUCUGUGACUGCCCGUGGAGCAUUUAGAUUUAAUGUUUAUAAAGAAGCCGAAAGGCUUGGAUUUAAUAACCAACAUGAAAUAAAUGCCGUUGUGAGUAAAUUAUGGAGCAAUGCUACUAUCUUAGAGAAAGAACAAUAUAAAACCUUGGCUACAAAUAUAAAUGCGUUGCUUCCAAGAAGAUUUCCGAUGAGAACUUUUAGAAGACUUUAA